GUUCUGUUCUACUGAUUGAACAAUGGCGAAUUCUUUGCAAAGUCCUGUCUUUACUAGAAGAUUAUUACCCACUCUUCGUAUGCAGAAACCAUUGUUCUGCUGUUCCAGGAAAUCUGCCAUAUCUCUUUCCCCCCGCCAUCACCUAUCCACCAGUGGACCAGCAUCCCACGAGGACUAUUUUCGAAAUACAUCACGACGAUGGAUAUUCAACGAAUCCGAUCGUUUGAACGAACGAUACGUCAAGUUCCGGCCAACAGAGCUCCAACGGAUCGCCGGCGAAGCAGUCCAAGACUACUGCAUUGGUAUCACCAAGCUUACAGAGGGAGGCUUCAACAAGGUGUUUCUCCUGCGAGCAAAAAAUGGCCGCGAAGUGAUCGCGCGAAUCCCGACUCCUAUCGCCGGGCCUCCUCAUUAUACAAACGCCAGCGAGGUGGCUACUAUGAACUUUUUGCGGACUGUCCUCAAGCUUCCAGUCCCAGAGAUCUUGUCAUAUUCGACAUCAUCGGAUAAUCCCGUUGGAGCAGAGUAUAUUUUGAUGGAGCGAGUCAAGGGAGAGAGUCUUUCUUCACGGUGGUUGUCUCUGACUACCGACGAGAUGAAGGACAUUAUGACGCAAAUCGCAGAGAUCGAGAGAAGGAUUCUUGACUUCCAUUUUCCUGCGUAUGGGAGCUUAUAUCACAAGAAGGACCUUGACGGGGAACCCCAGAUACCAGUCGUGGACGAGUUCUGUAUCGGCCCUGUGUCUGCUAGGCAGUUUUGGCAUGGCGAACGAAGUAGAAUGAAGAUUGACCGUGGGCCUUGGCUUUCACCCGCAGACUGUAUUACGUCUGCAGCCCGCCGAGAGAUAGCUAUCAUCCAGCACCACGCCAAAGCUCAACCUCGCCAGACGUUCCUUUUACCAACAGACCAUGACAUUCUUCCCUCUGAGCACACUUCACUACUUUCGCAAUUCCUCCAAUUAGCGCGCCAUAUAAUUCCACCAGAUCCUCACAGCAUCCCAACACUGAGACAUCCCGAUCUAAGCCUAAGCAAUAUCAUACUAGCACCCGGUUCCACCAAAAUCACCAGUAUCAUCGACUGGCAAGACGCAGUGAUAUUCCCGCGCUUCACGCAAGCAGGCUAUCCCGCAUUCUGCGAGCAUGAUUCCUCCCAACCCCAAAGCAUGCACACCCCGUCCCUUCCCGACGAUUUUGACGACAUGGGACCCGAACAGCAGAGACAAUGCAUGACCGUCUUUCGCCACCAAGAGGCUAAUCUGUACUACACGGCCGCGACAGGCGUUCACAAUGAUCAACACAUGCAUUUGCUCAGACUCUUGUCCUGUUAUGUUCUGUGACGAAGAACAAGAGACAGCUCUCGCGGAAGCGCGGGAAUGGAAUGAGUCUGAACAACUCUUGGCCCGGGUUAGGGAACACCUCGGUAUAGACCUAGAAGGCGGGACAGAGCCUGAUAACUUUGAGAGAGCGGUGGCAGACAAUCGAUAGUUUCGGAUGGAAAUGGUUCGGCAGGCUGAAAUGGAUCAGCGUGAGAUAUGUUGGCGGAACUGGCCGUAUAAGGAUGAUGGGGAUGGUAGCUUGCCUCCUGGGGAUAUCUAACUUUGAUACGGAUGUAAAGGAGGGUUUAAAGAGAGGUAUAGAAGU